AUGACGAUCGAACUCCUUCGGGUCCAGCGUGAAAACAGGGACAGACGACUUGGCUGUCGAGAUCGUCAGCCCGCGCUGGGUCAAGAAGUUUUCGACUUCGGACAUGGACUCCAAGAGAAGCUGCGCAGCCUGAUCGAGUCCGUGGAGUCCGUGAAACACAGCGGCGGCAAUCCCCCUGGCGGCGACGAAACCGAGGGAGAUGCAGGCUGGAUUGAGGGUGUGGCCAUCCUCGGCGCAGUUCUGGUUGUCGUCCUCGUCACGGCUGUUAACGACUGGCAGAAGGAACGCCAGUUUCGCGGUCUUCAGGACAAAAUCGAAUCGGACCAUCGUAUCUCCGUGAUGCGUGACAGUGAAUUCUUUGAGUGCCUCGUUGGCGAAAUUGUCGUUGGCGACAUUUGUCUCGUCAAAUACGGUACGCGCGGGCCUUUCUUUGCGCCUGCUUUCUACGUAUGA